AUGGCGGCCGACCAGAAGCAGAAACCGGAAAAGGCCAAGAACUACAAGGGGUUCGUAGCCGGUGUCUUCUCUGGAAUCGCCAAGCUUUCGGUUGGCCACCCCUUUGACACUAUAAAAGUGCGCCUCCAAACAACUGACCCCUCGCGCUUCAGCGGGCCGCUACAAUGCGUCGUGCAAACGAUCCGCAAUGAAGGCGUGCGAGGUCUGUACAAAGGCGCCACGCCGCCGUUGGUGGGGUGGAUGUUUAUGGAUAGCAUCAUGCUAGGCUCUUUAACCGUGUACCGGCGGCUCCUUGCUGAGCAUGUCUUCUACCGACACUUAACACCUCACUCUACCACUAUGCCUUCUAGUGUAAAGCCUGAGGCUGAGGGUCCUAUCGCUGCGACCUCACAUGCAGCCGCGCACCUACCAUCGUACGGCCACGGGCUCGCGGGUGUGAUGGCGGGAAGCACGGUGAGCUUUAUCGCAGCACCGGUCGAGCACGUCAAGGCGCGCCUGCAGAUCCAGUACUCCGCCAAGAAAUCCGAGCGGCUCUACUCUGGACCCGUAGACUGCGUGCGCAAGAUCUACGGGGCACACGGAAUCGCGGGGGUGUAUAAAGGGUUAUUCGCAACGCUGCUGUUCCGAUCCUUUUUCUUCUUCUGGUGGGGGUCUUACGAUGUUUUCUCUCGUAUCAUGAGAGAUCGGACAAGCCUUAGCGCACCUGCGAUAAACUUUUGGGCGGGUGGGCUGAGCGCUCAAGUUUUCUGGAUCACUAGCUAUCCUAGUGAUGUUGUGAAGCAACGUAUUAUGACGGAUCCUAUGGGCGGGAAACUCAACGAUGGUACGCCGAGAUUUAAGAAUUGGGGAGAGGCGGCGCAAGCCGUAUAUAGGGAGGGUGGUGCUAAGGGGUAUUGGCGGGGAUUUUUGCCUUGUUUCUUGAGAGCGUUCCCUGCCAACGCCAUGGCCCUGGUUGCAUUCGAAGGCGUUAUGAGAGCAUUACCUUGA